AUGGGAGCCCUUGCAGGAAGAUCUGUCGUGAAUGUACGAUCAAUCCUUGGGCUUAACCCAUUCAAGAUUGAAACUAUCGAAGACUCGAGCACGCGGGGCAUUGAGCAGCUCCUCCAACCACCGAAGUCGCUAUGCGAUAAUCCGCCGUCAGCCGACCUCGCAGGUGAAGGGGUCAAGCUUUACAACGGCUCUUGUCAGUGUGGUGCUGUAUGGCUAGCGGUCAGGACGAAUCCCAUCGAUGAAAUCCAUGUCAACCAAGACAACUGCAGCAUCUGCACUAGAAACGCCUUCAUUGGCAUCUAUCCGGACAAGUCACAAGUGACUAUCACUGGAAGAGAGAACACAACGGAGUAUCGAUUCGGGCAAAGGUUCAACGGCUCGCCGUUCUGCAAGACAUGCGGCGUUCACGUCUUCGGCAAUUUAUACGGCCCGCCGAAAGAGCUGGUCGAGACGUGGCCGGAGGCGCGGCAGCAGAUCGUGAAAAAGAAACUAGCCAUCCAGCCGGUGAACAUCAGGACCCUGUACGAUGUCGAAUGGGAGACGAUCAAGGUUACACGCGUUGAUGAGGGGACGGAAGGGUACGAGCUUGCAGAAGAAUAG